CGGAAGUAACGACUCGAGAAGCGAGCCGAAGUUUGGGCUCAAAUGUUCCGUUUGUGGAGCCGCAACAGAACGCUUGGCACGCAGUCUGGUUCCUGUCGCAUAAAGCAGCCGACGAUGAGCUCCCAGCGCGACGUAAAAACGGACGAGGGGGAAUCGGUUGACUCCAAACGACCACAGGAAGUGAACGACGUUCCGAUGGACGUCAUCAUCAGGCCGCUUCCUCCCGUUCUAGACGAGCAGAAAGUCCAGAGCCUCGUCGAUACUUUAAAGGCCGGAGCAAGCGUCCACGUUGUGCCCCCAAUCGAUGUCCUCUGGAUCAAAGGCAGAGAAGGAGGAAAUUAUUUUUACUCUUUUGGGGGCUGCCAUCGCUUCGCUGCCCACCAGAGGCUGCAAAUGCAGACGAUCCCCGCCAAGAUCAUCAAAUCAAGCGUGUCGGACCUCAGGACGUACCUGGGGGCCUCAACCCCGGAUCUGCGGUGACCAAAUGCUCCCGUGGUGUGAACCUGCAACCGCUUCUUCCCCGAGGGGUUCUCCCCCCGCUGGGACGUGCCCAGAACACCUCACCGGGGAGGCGUCCGGAUCAGAUCCCCCAGCCACCACAUCUGGCUCCUCUCAAUGCUCGACACUGAGCCCCUCCCUGAUGACCGAGCCUCUCACCCGUUCUCUCAGGGAGAGUCCGGACACCCUGCGGAGAAAACUCAUUUGUAUACGGGAUCUUGUUCGUUCGGUCACGACCCGCAGCUCGUGCCCAUCGGUGAGGGGAGCGCGAGGGAACGUAGGUCGACUGGUAAAUUGAGAGCUCCCCCUUUCGACUUAGCUCCCUCUUUACCACAAUUUUUUUGUUUGUUUUUAAUAUAACGUGUGCUAUUCUCGAGUAGCAGUCGGUUCUUCUGCAGAGCGCCCCCUAGUCUUCAGUCUGAGACAUGACAUAACUGAUGCACCUCGUCUUACGGGCCAUAUUUACUGUACACGAAAUGUGUGACAUACUAUGAAAAAACCUGCAGUUGGGUCUUAAAAUGUCAAAAAUGACAAAUUACUUUGGAAAAUGCGGGUGGGUGAAACGUGUUCUCUUCAAGUUGGUUUUCAUUUCAUUUGUUCAAAAUAAAACAUUUCCAUCUCAAUUGUAUGACAUAAUGGCAUUAUCAAGUAUCAGGACUCCUUAUCGGCAAGUACUUGCGUGUGAGUAUCG